AUGUCCGACGCCUUCUCAACACAUCCCGAGCACGCCCUCGACCAUCCCGAACUCGAGGCCAUCUUGGAACAGGCCAAAGCCGGGCCCAGCAGCGCGAGCUUGGGCGAUGGAGCAGAGGGGAUGAGCGUGGAAGAUGCCUUCGAAGUUGAAGAGAGUGUGAGGAGAAUACUGGAAGGGGGUUACAAGACUAUUGGACUGCAGUUUCCAGAUGAACUGCUGCCGACUUCGGUUUCAGUCUAUCGGGCGAUACAGACUCGAAUAGGACACACUGGCGCACAAGCAUACGUUCUGGCUGACAGUACAUAUGGGAACUGUUGUCCCGAUAUCCUGAGCUGUUUGCAUUUGCCGGCAGAUUUCUUGGUUCACUAUGGCCAUGCUUGCCUAACACCAACCGACGCACUCCCGAUACAUUACGUCUUUCCCCGUAAGAAGCUCGACGUCGAGCAUGCCUUCGGGGCAUUGUCCAAGGCCAGCGAGGAAGAUGUGCAAGAUGGGAAGAAGGGUGUGAUCGUUGUCUGGGAUGUGGCAUAUGACUGGCUUGCGAGUUCGAUUGCAGAGACAUUCAACAAAGAAUCAACGAUACCCACCACUUUCGCGCAUAUCAACAAGCCUACUGCUGCUCCUCCAAAGAGCGAUGAAAAGGGCAAAGCGCCUGCUUUGAGGACUGUUGAGCCUCCUGAGGGUUUGGCGUUGACCGACUGCAUACUGUGGUAUAUCGGGGAAGAGGGCAGGUCAUCCAUGAACCUCCAGAUGACCCACGCCUACAACUCUCUUUACUUGUACUCCCCAACAUCCCAAACCACCUCUCCCCUCCACCGCACCACUUCCCGUCUCCUAUCCCGCCGCCUCUUCGCCCUCCACCAAGCCCUCUCCUCCGACAUCUUCGGCCUCAUCGUCUCCAACAUCGGCCUCUCCUCCUCCCGUCCCCUCCUCGCCCAACUCCGCGCCGACCUCAGACGCGCCCAGAAAAAGUCUUACACCCUCAGCGUGGGCAGGCUCAACCCCGCCAAGCUGGCAAACUUUGUGGAGAUAGAGUGUUUUGUGUUGGUGGGGUGUAAUGAGGGUGGGGUGGUGGAUUCGAAAGAGUUUAUGAGACCUAUCAUUACGCCUUGGGAAUUGAGCUUGGCUUUGCAAGGAGAGGGGCACGAGUGGGCGCCGGAAAAGUGGACGUUAGAUUUGGGCAAGGUUCUGGAAGAUGCGAGAGCCAAAGCCGAUGAAGAUGACGAUAAAUCAGAAACCCAAUCCAACCACUCCACCUCUUCCGACGAAGCCCCCGAAUUCUCCCUUAUCACCGGUACCUACCGCACCAAGAAACGUUUCAACGACGAAUCUGCGGGACCUGCUACUACCAACCAGAUCGAAUCCGGCAUUCAGGAUCUUACGCUUCGGGAUCAGACGUUUGCGUUGAGCAAGCUGGAGAGCGCGGGAUCGAGCUUUUUGGCGUCGAGAGAGUUUAAGGGGUUGGAAGUGAGGUAUGGGAUGGAUGAGCCUAGUUUGUUGGAGGAGGGGAGGAGUGGGGUGGCGAGGGGGUAUACGGAGGAGAAGUAG